CUUGAUCUGAAGAUGGCUGCACAGUCAGCACCGAAGGUUGUGCUAAAGAGCACCACCAAGAUGUCUCUGAACGAGCGCUUUACUAACAUGCUGAAGAACAAACAGCCGAUGCCAGUGAAUAUUCGGGCUACCAUGCAGCAGCAGCAGCAGCUAGCCAGUGCCAGAAACAGAAGACUGGCCCAGCAGAUGGAGAACAGACCUUCUGUCCAGGCUGCUUUGAAGCUUAAACAGAAGAGCUUAAAGCAACGCCUCGGUAAAAGUAACAUUCAGGCACGAUUAGGCCGGCCGGCGGGACCCCUUGCUCGCGGAGCCAUGGGAGGAAGAGGAUUGUCUAUGGGGCAGAGAGGCUUGCCACGAGGAGCCAUGCGCGGUGGCCGGGGAGCAAGAGCUCUGCUGAGAGGAGGAGUCCCACUCAGAGGUCAGAGCCUGCUUCGUGGAGGACGAGGUAUAUCCCCCAGGAUGGGCCUGAGAAGAGGUGGCAUUAGAGGUCGCGGUGGCCCUGGAAGAGGUGGUCUAGGCAGGGGUGCCAUGGGCCGUGGAGGACUUGGUGGCAGAGGUCGCGGCAUGGCGGGCCGGGGACGAGGGGGCUUUGGAGGUCGCGGCAGAGGACGAGGACGAGGAAGAGGAUCGGCACGUCCUGCAUUGACCAAGGAGCAGCUGGACAACCAGUUAGAUGCUUACAUGUCUAAAACGAAAGGACACCUCGAUGCUGAGCUGGAUGCUUACAUGGCUCAGACAGACCCGGAAACAAACGACUGAAGGUCGUUCCGAGAGACUGUUGUUGAAGUUAGUGUGUUAUGUCAAUGCCCGUAAGCUAAAAAUGGAAACCCUGAUUCAUGCUGGAAGGACCCGCAGGAAUAGGGAGCGGCCCUGUUCUACCGAGAGAUCAGACUUUAGUGUGUUCCUUUAAAGUUUUGAUACUAUCUGUUGUAUGAAACCUUUUUUGGGAUUGGUUUUUUUAUCUUCUUUUUUUUUUCUUUCCCCGAGUACUCCAAACACGAAUGUGACAGAUCUGCAGCAGUUAAUCCGCUGACGUCGGCGCUGGUGACUCGCCGUGCCCGUGCAGCGCAGCAUGGCGUGCACGCCGCCCGCGCUGCCGUAGGUGAAGCGCUCGUCGGCGCUGGGAUCGCGUGCUUUUGUGCCUCUUGAGCUCCGCGGUUGCGUUUUGGGAUUGGCCCUGUCCCCAAGCGUGACCGAAGGGCCGAGUUCACACCCGCGGUUCCAUUUAACCCCUCUGAAGCAAAAAGAAAAACCACCUCCCAGCAGGGUGAACAGUCAGGCCAGGUUUAGGUGUAGCGCUCCUUCUAGACGCGCCAAUUUUCUUGUUUCGCCCCAAAACUUCCUCUUCUGUCAGUAGCCAGCGUUCUGUUAAUGCCUAGUGCAGAGCACUCCCCAGGUUGAAAACUUCCUUGGGUUUGGGGUUGGGUUUUUUUUGUUUGUUUUUCGAUAAAGUUUGAAUUUCUUUUGCGUCGUCUUUGAACAGGUGACACCAGGGGUUUCUGUAUCUGCAAGAAAACAAGUGUUUUUGUUUAAAGGAAUUGGAAGCAGGAACAUAAAAUUACAGCCGUGAGGGCAAAGUGCGGUAGAACUGUCUCUUAAAACAGGGGGUCCAAAAUUCAUCUGUAACCUUUCGGUGUAACCAAAACUGCCUGCACUUACCCCGAUGGGUUUGGGAAGGGGUCUGUUCCUCCCCCUCUCCUCAAGUUUUAAGUUCAGCCAUUCUGUGAACUGUUCCAGUUUCAAUGGAAUCUUGUAUUUCUGUUUUGUUGUAACAAAGGAGAAAUAAUUAUAAAAGCAAUGUGGACUCUG